GGAGUCAUUCCUCAGCAAUCAUGGGGCUGAGACUCAUUGCAGUAGCAUGCCUGGUGGGAGCUGCUUUUGCUGGCCCAUUCCAGAGACAAUCAGAAGUGCGAUGUGCUACUAGCUGCGCAGGCUCUGAAGAGGGCGAAAGAUUUAAAUAUGAACCUGGACAAGUAUACACCUACGACUACAAGGGCAUCAACUACCUUAAAAUUGCCGGACAAAGGAAACAGAAGGCCCAAAUUAGUGGAAGAGCAGAAAUUCACGUCAUAAGCAAAUGUGACAUGAUUCUACAGCUAAGAAGUAUAAGAAUUGAUCAAAGAGCAUCUCAUGAGGAAACAUCUGAAUUGAUGAGGCAGUUGGAAGUACCUAUGCCUUUUGCUUUUGAGGAUGGCAAAAUUGAUCAUGUGUGCUCCAGCCAAGAAGAAUCUACACAAUCACAGAACAUCAAGAAGGGAAUUCUGUCUUCCAUUAUUAACACCAUGACCGAAUUUGAUGUUGAUCAAAUGGUUAAAGAAACUGACAGUUUGGGAACAUGUGCCACAAAAUAUACCGUAAAACAAGGCAGGGGUACAGUUGUCCAGAAAUCCAAAGACUUGAAAUCUUGCACCAACAGACAUACCUCAGUAACAUCCUUAAUCACAAACCCAUAUGAAGCAGAAGAUUCAGAAAUUCACACAGUUCCUAUUUUCCCCGAAGAAAAGUUAACUUGUGAACAAGAAAUUGAACAGCAGAUUAUCAAGAAUGUUAAGUGCAAGGAAUAUGCUACAAUUAAACCUUUUAGGCAGCAGGACAGUAUCAUUGAAUUUGAAGGAGAAGUUGAACUUCGUCUGAGAUCAGUUACUGAAGGCGAUGGUUUAACACCUCAAAUGCAGCCCGUUCAUGUACAGCACCCAAUUUUAUACAACCUCGAAGAAGAUGCUGGAAUAGAGCGUUAUGAGAGACAAGUUGAAGAGCUGCUUAAAAACAUGUGCCAGAAGAACAGUGGACUUGUUGAUGCAACUAUUAGCAAGGACUUCUUUGACCUAGUAUCAUUCUGCAAACAUCUACCAUACGAGUCACUAGAAAAAAUCUACCGAUCUUUAGAAAAUGGACAAAUUUGCUCGUCUAAGAAAAUUAAGGAUGUGUUCGUGGAUGCUCUACCGAUGGCCGGUAGCGCAGGAUCUAUUAAACUAAUGGUUAAACUACUUGUACAAAAGAAAGUAGUAGGAGUGAAAUCGAAAUUGUGGACAAUAUCCUUAGCUUUCAUCCGAAAACCAACUGACAAGACUUUAUCCGCUGUUGUCGAUUUAUUGAAGAAGGAUAAAUCUGCAUCAGUUCUUCUCGGAGUAUCUGCUAUGGUUGGUCGACACUGUCAACAGCAUCCAUGUGAAAGGUCACAAGCUGUCAAACAAAUAGUAUCUGAGCUCAGCCAAGCCAUUGGACGCCAGUGUUCAUAUGAUGAUGAAAAAGAGGUAAUUGCUAUCUUGAAAGCUUUCGGAAACAUGGGAUACUUAGGUGAAGCUCAGUCAAACAUUCUAGCAUGCACUAGAUCAAAUGUACCUUCAAUUCAAGUGAGGUUGGCUGCUAUUGAUUCCUUCAGACGAACUGAAAAGGUAAGACCAAGGGAGUUGCUCAGCUUGUUCUCAAACUCUCAGGAACAUUAUGAGGUCAGGAUUGCUGCUCUUUCUAGCAUCAUUAGAAAUGCUGAUAUGCAACAAAUUCAAGCAAUAGAGAAUGUUAUUGAAAAUGAAAAGCACGAACAGGUUGCUUCAUACGCUGCCACUUUAAUCACCAACGUGAAGAAAUCCUCAUCCCCGAGUAAAAAAACUGUCCGAAACCUUCUCCAAAACGUGAAACCCAAGAUGCCUGCAAACUAUUGGACUUCUUCAAAGAAUAUUGAGCUGUCUACUUUCAGUGAUCCUUUGAACGUGGGUGGUAGUUUUGAAGCUGAUUUGAUCCAUAACCCACAGUCUUUGAUGCCCCGAUCUUUGCACACCCGAUUUGACAUUGAUUUGUUUGGCUCUCGUAUGAACAUGUUUGAGAUGGGAGUUCGUGCUGAUGGUCUUGAAGAACUCAUGAAGAAGGUUUUAAGAUUGAAAUCAAGAGCAGAGAGUUCAAGCGAAAGUGGACUACAAGCAUCUAUUUACUUGCGAACCAUGGGAAUUGAGUUUUUCGAAGUUUCUGCAUCUGAUUUGACCGGAUUAAAGAAAAUGUUGCAAGCUGUUGACGUAAUGAACCAGAUUUCCCACGAAAAGACCGCAGAGUUUUCACACAGUUUCCUCUUCAUGAACUCCAAACUUGUUAUUCCCAGCGUCACUGGUAGAUCUUACUCAUUUGGAGUAACUGGAAGUGCUACUGUUGGUCUUACAGCAAGCAGCAAGUUUGACGUCUUGAAUCUGCUUUCCCGCCCAAGAAAUGGUGACAUCCAUGGACGUUUUAAACCAAGUUGCAACGUUGAAAUGGCAGCCACAGUUGGUAUGCACUCGAACACCGGAAGACCUGAUAUGAAAAUCGUGACAGUUCUGCACUCUGAAUCUGACAUUGAAGCUCGCUUCCAACUCAAAGAAGGACACCUUGCUCUUGCAAGUCUUACCAUGCCUUCCGACAACGUACUUGUUGCAAAAAUGAGCUCAAAUGUGAUUGAAAUCAACCCCGAUCACAGUGAAAAACUAGCUUUUGGGGAAAUGCACAAGAAAAUUGACAGCUGCAUCCCUCAAUUAGAGAAACCAUUCGGCUUAACUGUCUGCGGAAAAUGGGAAGUACCUCGACCCUUCUUCGACAAGAAGUUCCCAUACGUCAGAGGAAUUGGUAAUGUUGAAUUGAGUAUUAAGAAAACUGAUCCUGAAAUGAAAGGUUAUGAAUUUAAAGUGGAAAUCCCAAAACGUGAAGCUGAUGUCAUGAUCUACCAAAUUGCUUUAGAUACUCCCCAAUCUCGUAUAUCUCGAAGAUUUAGCGGAGACUUAAAAAUUAGAAAGACUGCACCAGGAAGCAAAGAAUACACUAUCGAUUUGAAGAGUCCAUUCAAAAGUGCUUCUGCUAGAGGUUCAUGCACCAUGCGAAACGAUUUGGUUGAAGGAAAUGCUGAAGUUCUCUGCGGAUCUAAAAGGAUUUCUGUCAAAGCUUCAACACAAAUAUCUGAUUCCACUCAACAAAAAGUUUUCAAACCUUCCCUUGAGAUUACUCUUCCAAGCUCUCGUGUUGUCAAAUUGGGUGGUGAGGUCUCUGUUUCAAAAGGACGAAAACAACAAGUUGCCAUUGAUAUAAAAUCCAACGUGCCCCAGCGCAGACCUUUGUCCCUUAAAGGAACUUUGACAACUGAGGGUCGUGUCAGCACAUCAAAAGACGCCGAAUGGAAAGUUAGUUCUGAUAUUGGAUUAAUAGCUCCUGUUAUGGAUGUACAAUUGAGAGGUUCAAUUGAGAAACAAUCAAAGCAAUCCCAGGCUUUAAUAUCUGACAUUAAGAUCGAUUACCAAAGAGAAAGGUCCCAGAAACACACCGUAAUGUUUUCAAAACGAAUCCAACAGAGUGCUUCAAAAUUGAGUACAUCAGCUUCAUUUGAAAUGACCCAGUUCCCAUCUGCAAAAUUGCAAUUGCAGUGGAGUAUGCAGGGAAAGCUUAGGGAUUCUUUGAAGAAUGACAUUACUCUAAAGUACGGAAGGAAUCCAGAGAAAAAUUACAUUACAGUUUUGCAUUCCAGUCAGAUGCCAAGGAAUGCACCAGGUGAGUGCAGGCUAUCUGUAAAAGCACCAGAAUUUCAUAUUGACAGUGAACUCAAAGUAUCACAUGAAUACCAAAAGAAUUCCAAGAUUUCUGUUGAAACUGAUCUGAGAUAUAAACAGGAGAAACACAUCAAAUGCCUUCUGAACUGGGAAAAACCAUCCAGAAAACCAUUGAAACAGAAUGUAAGACUUGAAGUUGAACUUCCAAGCCAGAGAAAAUUGAUGUAUCAAGAUGAAGUUCAAGAAACUAGCCCAGGUAUUUAUGAAGGAAAUUCUCUUGUUCAGUGGCAAUCUGAUAGGAGAGCUGAACUAAAGUACAAAGUCCAGAAACAAAAUGACCGUUCAACUCACAACUAUGAAAUUGAGACUACUCUUCGACUUCCACAGCGUCAGUCACCAAUCAAGAGUAAGGCUUCUUUGAAGUUGGGAGGAGAAAGCAUUGCAGUUGAAGGAAGACUUAAUUUGGAUAGAUCCUCUGAACAUUUCAUUAAGGCUCAUUUAAAUAAGAAAGGCUCUAGUCAUCUUAGUUUAAAAGUACCUCAAGUAGAAGCUAAAUUCACAUUCUUUCGCGAAUUGACCAGGAGAGCUAUAGAUAUGGAUUUGAAAAUGGAUUUAUUAAGAAGGCCUCGUCACAUUAUUGCAUCAAGUGAUUUGAAUUUAGAAAGUAAGAAGAAAUUGAAAGUUAAAGUUCAAUGGGAUGCCGAUAGAAAUCCAAACCAGAAAAUGCUUCUUCUGACUCAAAUCGAAAACACUGGAAGCGGUUCAAGAGCCUCAUAUUCCGUUACAGGUAAAUUGCAGGUUACCGAAAUAGUAAACAUUGAUAUUUCAGCUUCUGGAGAUUCUCGCAUAGUCGGAAGACACGAAACACAGAUUGAAGCAACUGUUAUGAAAUCUCAGCCAAUUGGUGCUACCAUUAAAUAUGAUUUGAGUAGCGAAGGAAUAGCAACUUCAAUUAAAGUGUCAAGAAGUCAUUCGGAUAAACUCGAAGUUUCAGCGGAAGCUCGUCUUAAGAAAAACGUCAAUGAUAUUCAGCUGACUUCAAGGGCAGCAAUUAAAUCUUUAGAUAGCUCUUUUGAAAGCAAAGAGUGGAGUUCUCAAGGUUCUAUUUCACGCGCAGAAUCAUCUCUCACUGUAAAAUCUCAUGCUAGAUUGCAAUGGGCAGCAAACAAAAUUUACGAAUCUGAAGUAAACUAUGAUCUUAAGCCUAGUUUGGUACUCAUGAAGGCACUUUUACAUACACCGCAUAUUCAGUUUGAAAAACAAGCUAUUGGUUUCUCUCUGCGACGAUCUCGCAAUGUAAUUGCAUCUUCCGCCACCUUAGAAUUGCUUAAUGGGAAAGUAGUUUCUGUCUCAUCUGAAAUUAACACUCAACAGAACCAUUUCAGCUAUGAAACAACAAUAAGCUCACCAUUCCAAGUUAUCAAAGCAGCCAAAAUUCACCUAUCCUUCGAUAACGAAAGCUCCCAAAAAAGUGGUUUAUCAUACAUCGAACUAAAUGGUGAAAGAAAGAUUGAUUCCGAAGCAAAAAUGAUUACUUCUGGUAGAGACAUUGAAAUUCAAGGAAGACUUAAAUCAGUAUGGUCCAAGGAAGUAUCUGUUCACAUUCAAGUUCAAAAGGGUAGAGAAUCAUUCAAGUACUCCGCAAAUGUCAUGAAAGAAUCAUCUAAUUUGCUUUCUGCAAGUGUUUCAAAACAAACUUCGAGUCAAGAUCAGCAGUAUUCAAUAAACGCAAUUUGCCUCGAAAAACCUCUAUUAGAUGUUAAGUAUUCAAAGCAACUAUCACAGGCUUCUCCCAGACAAACCCUGGAAGCUCAUUCUCAAGGACCAGUUUCUUUCUCAGUUCAAGCGACGCAGAACGCUGACGAUUUCCACUUUGUUUUGAAAGCAUGCAGAAAUUCACGAAGGCAAGAAUGUUAUCACGUGACAGGACACCACAAGGCUGCUCUUCCUGACCAAAGACUCUACAAAAAAGUAAUAUUGGACAUUGAAAAAUCUGUUGGACAGUCUGAAUCUCAAAAGUUAAGCCACGUUCUUUUUGUCAUUUCUCUAGGAAGUCACGAUUUCAGAGAAAAAAUAAUGGUUUCUUUCGACAACAAAAACUACGGAUACGAAAUCCGUGCUCACCUUAGGGAGCAUGAGAAAGAGCCAAGUCAUAUGGAUGCUCACCUAUUUAUGCCAAGUCGUACAGCUCGAGUCAGAGGUACUGCACUCCACAACAGUGAAGAAUCCUUGAUUCAGUUAGAAAUUUUCCCUGAUGCAUCAUCCCCCCAACGAAAGUUUGGAGUACAGUUAAAGAAGCAAAAUCUGCUACAGACUAGUGAAAUUAAAGGAAAUGCCCAAAUAAUAUACCCUGGAAUGCAGAAGCCCCUGCAAGUGAGUGGACAAGUUCAAAUAGACGGAAAGCUACCAGUAAGAGGAAAAUUGGAAAUGCAUUAUUCACCUUCAUCUUGGAACAAGGUUUUGACUCUGGAAAUAUCUCCUGAACUAGAAGGAAGACGGGGUGAAAAGAAAGCAAUCUUGUACAGACUGCAUCGUGAAGAUCAAAGUUUAGAUCUCUCUGUAAAACUGAUUCAAAGGAAAACUAGAGCUGAAGACGUUUAUGGAUACGAAUAUCACUUUAAGACAUCCCAAUUAGAGCAAACUGGUGGUCUCUCUAUCAAGCUUUCUGAAAAGAGCAACGGAAAACCAACAGCAAUUGAAGUUUCAAUGAACUCACCUGAGUAUGACGUUAAAAUAAGAGGAAGCACAGUAUGGUCCUCAACUUUGCCAAAGCAACUCAAAUUCAGCAUAAUGGCUAAAGGACAAAAGGUUUAUGAAGUCGCACUCCAAGCUGAAGAUUACUGUCUGACUGUAGAUCAGUCUCUUAGUCAAGGUCCUUUACUGAAGACUGAGAUGUGUUUUAACAAAGUGAAAAAUGGAAUUAUCAAAAUUGUGUACCUUGAAAGCUAUUACAAGCAACACAAAUGCUUAGAUCUCAGCUUAAACAUUGAUCGAAAACAAAGAAACAUUGCAACUAUCGUGAUAAACUGGGAUAAAGAAGAUCUCCGAAAUGUUAUGAAUGAGUUGAGAGAAUUGGAAUCCGUGGUGAUGAACAGCCCUCUUGGAGAAUUACUGAAAGAAGUUAAGAAAGAUCUGAAGCAAAUUCUUGAGACGAUAGAGCCCAUUUAUGAAAAGAUUCAGCAAAAAGCCUCUCAAAUGGUUCGAAAGCACUCUCGUUUACUGAAAGACUUGCCCAAACAAAGCCUGAAGACACUUCCCAACUUCGCCUGGACCCUCGUUCGGGAACUGAUGCCAAUGGAAUUUAUUAAGAAGGAAGUAGUAAAACCAAUUGUUGGCGUUGCUAUGUGCAUUGCUCAUAAAUACGUUCAGUAUGCUUAUGAUCACAUCCCAGAUGUGAUUCAUGAACUCUGGAAAGAAACAAACCAGCUCUUGACAAACUGCGUGGAAAAAGUAUGCACCCCAGGUACUUAUUGCCAUAUGUUAGUGGAAACGUACAAACGUGGUGGAGUUAAGAAAUGCACUCAGCUUCUUCAAAAUAAAGUCCAAGAGAUAAGGGAAAAAAUACAAGUACAUUUACCACAAUUACCUGACUUCAGACAAUGGAUUCCUGACAUUCGCAGCAUAAUCCCCGGAGGCAAAGAUUUAUUCCCAGAUUUCCGUGUCUACCUUCCUGACAUCAGAAAAGCAAUUAAUCUUGUUGCAGCAGGUAUUCAGUGGUUCUUUGAUGGCCUAGGAGACUUCGAAGUGGUUACAGCCUAUUCUUACCACGUUUGGGUCGAUAUGAUUGUUCCAGGAUUCAACAAAGUUGUUGAUAAUGUUUCCAAGCUUUUUGAUCUAUCAUGGUGGGUAAGGAAAAUCACAAAUUUCGUCAAGGAACGAAGUGAAAGAAUUUUCGAAGAUGUUUCCAAGAGAGAACUGUACCAUAAAAUUUGUCAUCACCUCGAAAUAUUGGAGAAACAAGCCCGAGUCCAACUCCUCCGAGCAUUUGACAUACUGAUCGAAAAGCUCAAUGAGUUAAUACAGCACACAAACACCACCGAAGAGUUUGAGACAAUUAAGCAGCUUUUGCAGGAGCUUAAAGAAAGGGCUCACGAAUCUUGGGAAAACAAAGAAGCUCUAAUGGAACAGACCUGGCAACCGCUGCGUCAAGCACUCCUGGAAGAUUACCCAAAGAACUGGAUUAAGCAGCGAUUCACCGUCCAAAGAUUCAACCCCAAAGAAGGACACAUUCAGAUUCAAGUUCACUAUCCCUCCCAAAGCAAGCACAUACAAAUAAUGAGCAACGCUUUGAGAGCAAUCAAAAGCAAAGUUACUCAGAGGAACUGAAAGGACUUCCUUCUUAUUAAUUUAAUUGCUGAGGCUGAAACGUGACGUGCUUUGCUGCCGUCCGUUUCUUCACAAUGGACUUUCUCUUAUUUAAAUAUUUAUAUUUAUGAAAUGUAUUUAAUGUGUGUAAACUCGUAAUUUUUUGUGAAAUAAAUCAAUGAAUAAGAAAGAUA